CAAACCCACCAAGACAAAGGUGCCGACUGCCCAGUGAUCCAUGCCGAGCGAUGUGAUCAGAAGCUAGAGCUUCGUUGUCGUCCCGAAAAUCCAAAGGAAAUUUCCAAAUUGCCCAUCAAAACUUUCUGAAAAAGCUCUGCAAUCUCUGCAUGCGUAGGUGAAAUGAGGUGACUCAGGUGAGAGACUGAGGAGAGAGAUGGCUUCCAGCCUUGCAAUAUUUAUUCUGCCGCAUUAUCUCUCUGCUCCACCACCAACAAUUACUGCAAGCAGCAGCAGCUGCUUCGACUGUCGCCGUCUUCGCUGGGCCCAGCGGCUUUGCUCGCCCCCUCCUCCACCACAAGCCUCCGAGCCGUUUCUCCAUCUCAUCAUGCCUCCUAUGGCCAAACUUCUGAAUUGCCUGAUACAACUUGGGAUAACCUUGGAUUCGACAAAACCAUGUCAGCUGAUUAUAUGUUUAUCAUGAAGAGUUCCGAAGAUAGAAGCUUUUCAGAUGGUGGGUUACAACGUUUUGGGAAAAUCAAAUUGAACCCAGCAGCCUGUGUCUUGAACUAUGGCCAGGGAAUAAUUGAAGAAUUGAAAGCCUACAGGAAGCCAGAGAAUUCUAUAUUACUAUUUCGCCCAGAGGAACAUGGGUUGCGGAUGAGAGUGGGUGCAGAGCGCCUGCUUAUGCCUGCACCAACCGUUGAGCAGUUUGUGGAAGCUGUCAAAGUUACUGUAUUGGAAAAUAGACGUUGGGUUCCCUCGCCAAAUAAAGGCUUUCUACAUAUUCGACCGCUACUUAUUGGGAGCGGACCUGUUCUUAGUCUUACACCAGCUCCAGAAUUCAUCUUUCUGAUUUUGGUGACCCCAAUGGGGGACUAUUCUAGGGGAGGCUUAGAACCUAUCAAUUUGGUGGUUGAAAACGAAAUCCAUCAUGCAUUUCAUGGUGGAGCUGGAAGUGUAAAAUUAUGCUGCUGUAAUUUCCACUUACCACUUAUUCACAUAGCGCUUAGUGGCUGUUUAUCAAUCGGUCUUCCUGUUGGUGCACUAUGGUCAUUUUGGCAUUCUCACUGUUUAGCAAUUCAUAAAGAAGCUUCUGCUGAUUGCUGGAAGAUGGCUACAACAAAUCAUCCGGGCUCUUAUCAUUUUAUUUUGAAGGCACAUGUGGAAGCUAAAGAAAAUGGUUUCUCUGAUGUUUUGUUCCUCGAUUCUGUUCACCAAAGAUAUGUUGAAGAGACUUCUACUGCUAACAUUUUUCUCGUGAAGGAUACGAUUAUCUCCACUCCAGCAUUGGAAGAAGGGACAGUUUUGCCUGGCGUUACACGUAAAUGUGUAACUGAAAUUGCUUGCAGCCAAGGGUAUCAGGUUGAGGAACGCCUUGUGUCGGUUGAGGAAUUAUUUGAAGCUGAUGAAGUCUUCUGUACUGGAAAUGCUGUCCAUUUAUCACGUGUGGGCAGCAUAACUUACCUGGGCAAAAAGGUGUCUUGCUGUCGUGUCUCAGCAACUGCACCGGGCGCUGUUAAAUAUACAAAUGGGUCAUACAGAAGACAAGUUGUGUUGGACAGUAACCUCGAAGUAGGAAGGAUUGAUCACGGAUGUUAAACAAAACUUCCAGUUGUGAGCAUUGACAGCUCUGUAGAACGAAUAAACAUUGUUGUAGUCUAAAUGUACGUCCAACAAAGUUGAACCACAGUUUGAAGUCUAUUUAGCCCUUUUCAACUUUCCUUUGUUAAGAGCCAAUUCAAUCUCUAGAUAUCUUCCGAUUACGAUGAAGAAGAACAUCAUCUUUGGACUAGUUAGUCAAAAGAAGCAACGUAUCAUUUUCAAUACUCUGUAUUUUUGGCCUUUUGGACCACAGGGGCCGUAUUUAGAAGACAGUACGGCAUGCUAUGUUCAUGGAUUUCUUAUCCACUAAUUAAAUUGUAUUCCUUUAUUUUCGCCUGACCUGGCAUCCUCUUCGUUGAAAACGUGCUGUCAUAUAUAGUUAUCUGUUCCUAUC